AUGAAUAUCACGCUGUUCUUUUUUUUCUUUCAGUUCCUAUGGUCGAUUCCAAACUUGCCAGUUUUCAAGACUGCGCGCACCUCUCAGUUCGAAGUUCGCUCGUUACCAGAUGGUCCGGUGUUGCCGACUAGCUGGGCUGGACGGUUGCCAGUACCGGGGAGGCAAGAGGGGAAUGAGAUUUUCUUCUGGCUGUUUGAAGCUGAAGAUAAAGCAUAUGAUGAUACAUUCAUCAUCUGGUUGAACGGCGGGCCGGGCUGCUCAUCCCUCGUAGGGCUAACCGGCGGCAACGGGCCUGUCUCUUUCCUCGCGAAUUCGACUGCUCUAGAGCGCAACCCCUACUCCUGGACCCAGCUUGGUCAUGUUCUCUACCUGGACCAACCCGUCGGCACCGGGUUCUCGACCGCCAGUAGUCCCUACCCAGUCCGCAAUAACGACAUGGUGACCGCCGACUUUGUGGCAUGGCUGAACGCCUUUCUCGCAUUUUUCCCGCACUUGCAGUCAAAGCAGAUCCAUUUGAUGGGCGAGUCUUACGCAGGUAUCUACAUACCCUACUUCGCCGCCGCCCUACUGGAGGGAAACAGUUCGCACCCACUCAACAUCCGUUCCCUGUCUCUGGGUGACGGAUCCUGGGGCAACGCAGCCGCCAUGUCCUCCGUCACAAUAGGGGCAUACAUGCACUCACAGUCAAUGGCCCUCAAGCUACCCAAGGACAUACUCUCCGUCUUCGCCGCGGCAGACAGCACCUGCGGUUUCGACGACGUCCUUGCCCAAGCGCAGAGCUACCCGCCCCAAGGCAAGAUCAACAUCCCAGGGAAUCCGGAGGACUUCAACUACCGCCGCCGGCGAGACAUGACGGAUGUGAUCGAGGCCUCGUGCAGCAUAUCCCCGACGACGGCGGCAGAAGUCACCACCUCCAUCUUCAACUCGACCUGCUACGGGCCCUGUGCGGCAUACUCCACUGCGCUGGACUACAUGGAUGCUGCCUCCGCCGGCGGUACGGGCAUCCCCUGCUUCGACGUCUACGACAUCCACCAUGACUGCGGCACGGUCGACAGCAUGGCCCUUAUGGGGACGUACUUCAGUCGCCCAGAUGUCCAGGCUGCCCUGCACGUUGCCGGCCACAGGGAAUAUAGCGCGUGCAACUCGACGAUCCUGGGCACGCUGCUGGGUGCACCGUCAGUCGUGCCGCCGGCGUACACGAUCCUGCCGGCCCUGGUGACGGAGCAUAACAUCUCGCUACAUAUCUACAAUGGUGAGUGGGAUAUGCUUCUCAACCAUAUCGGCACAGAGCUGUCUAUCCAGAAUAUGACAUGGAGGGGUGCGCAGGGGUUCGGGAUAGGCCCCCAGCGGCUGUUUUAUGCAGAUAAUGCUGCGCCUGUAGAUGGGGUGAACGGGUGGCAGUCCGGUGAGGUUAAUGAGGGUAAUGCGACCGCUGGUGUGGCGGGGUAUUGGGCAGAGGAGCGAGGUGUGACGUAUCAUCUAUUCCGUGAGGCGGGGCAUAGUGUGUUUGCGAACAAGCCGCGCGAGAUGUUUUCGUAUGUGCGGGAUGUGGUGGUCGGAGCAAAAGGUUGA